GUGAAAAGAGAACGCAUUGAUUCUUUUCGAUUUGAAGUUUGGGAAGAAUGGAAGACAGCUACGAGUAUCAAGCAAAGACUCAUAUACUAUACCAAUACCCAACAGUCUCUAGACAAAGAAAUAAAGACUGUUUAUACCACUACCUCCUGUUUAGAUGCCACCACCUCUUCUUCAUCGCUG